UGUCAGUUUACAAACAAACAAGGGAACAGAAAAAACAUUAUAAAGAUUAGCAUGUGAAUAUUCAGAAAGUACUAAUGUUUUAAUUUAAAAAAAAAAAUGGGGUGUUUUUGUUCGAAAAAAAUUGUGACUAUUAAUGGGGAAAGGUAUUAUGAGAUUGAUCAGCUGGGAGAAGGAGGCUUCAGUACAAUAAUGCUAGCACAAGCUAUUCAUUCAUGCAAAUAUUAUGCAAUAAAAAGAAUUAUUUGUCACGACCUGGAUGAUCAGGAUAUUGGCUUGAAAGAAGUUGAAUAUUAUGGUUUAGUUAAACAUCCCAAUAUUAUUGAAUGUGUUGAUUCAUCACUGAAUGCAUCAUGUCAGCCAGGAGCAAAUUUUAUGAGUGAAGUGUUGAUAGUGCUUCCAUACUAUAAGAAAGGAACACUGCAAAAUGAGUUGGAUCUUCGUCGCAUAGCAAUGGAUCACAUGCCUGCUACAGAAAUAUUGUCCUUAUUUCUGCAGAUAUGUGAGGGUGUUAAAGCAUUCCAUGAAGCUGUUCCUGAGCCAUUAGCUCAUAGAGAUCUCAAGACUGCAAAUAUUGCUUUAACAGAUGAUAAUAAGCCAGUUAUAAUUGACUUAGGUUCCGUUGCUCCAGCCAGAGUAAAGGUUAGUGGCAGCUGUGCAGCUCACAGGCUUCAAGAUGUAGCAAGUGAAAGAUGUUCUAUGCCAUACCGUGCACCAGAACUCUUUAAUGUAGAAUCACACUGCUCUAUAGACGAACGGACUGAUAUAUGGUCUCUAGGGUGCAUUUUGUAUGCCAUGUGCUAUUUUAAAUCUCCAUUUGAUGCAGUAUAUGAAAGAGGAGACAGUGUAGCACUGGCAGUAAUGAGUGGUGUGAUGACAUUCCCAAAAAGCUCCAUUUAUAAUGAGGAGAUACAUAAUUUAAUUUCUUACAUGUUGAAAGUCAACCCAGUGGAAAGACCUUAUAUUUAUGAUGUUAUUCAAAGGACUCAAGAUGUUUAUAGAAAACUUGAGGGUAACGUGUAAGGAUAGCGAAAUGACAUUUAAAAAAAUGUAUAUAGGCCUACUGUGAUGUUUUAUAGUUUGUAAGAGUUUAUAAAUUUGUUUACAAAAAUUCUAUAUUGUAAUAUUUUAAGAAAAAAUACAAUUAUGUUAUACAAUUAGUAAGAUGUUCUAAUGAUUAUACUUCUAAAAAUUAUAUUUGUUUGUCCAAAUUUUGCACUAAAAUUUGUAAUUUGUUAUAUUCUGCAGCUUUAUUUAUCAUACUGAUUUAAGUUUUUCUGUUCCUUCAUUUUUUUUUUAAAUUUUGACUGUUACGUAUGUGUGUACAUCCUAAUUUUAAUUAAAGUGACUUAUAAUUUUGGUUUUUGAA